AACUUGCCAUGACUAGGCCUAUAUAUGUAAUUUUUUAGGUCAUUUUUAUAAUCCAGUUUGGGCUUUUGUUGAAAAGCUGUUUGCUCGUACUAAGCAUGUUUUGUAUUUUGACUCAUUGGACAAGAUAGUACUAGUACAAGGCUGGUACAACCGCACCGAGGCUAGUCGUUUAUCUGGCCAUCAUGUUUCAGACAUAUGUCUGCUUAGUCAUAGAUGUACAAGUAAUAACCAACGGAGAAAUACCGUAUCAUAGUUUGCGUGGUUGAGGUGCGAUAAUGCCUUUCAUCGAGGGCAUCGGAGAUGAAGUCACAGUAUUGGCAUCAGUUCUCAUUCUUGCAACCACUCUUCUGGUCGCCUGGCUCUCAACGUCUGUCUCAGACAGGCCUGGAUUGCGGACUGUCCUCGGAAGCAGAUUCAGCAGUGCCAGAGAGGAGGAGCACUCUAGAGAGGCAGAGGCCAGAAUCGAGGAAGUCGAUGUGCUCAGUAACCAGCGGACUGAUGGCACAGAAAAUACAAGGUUAGAGCGUGACAGCUCACCAACAACGGACACAGUUGAAGAUGCUUCACAGAGUUCAAGACAACCAGCAGAGAGCACUGAAACUGAAGCUCUGUCCAGUGAAUUUAGGACAGGUCUUGAGGAAAUUGACUCUGAAAGAACUAAACAAAGUUCGCUAAGUCAAGAAGAUGCCACGGUCACGGAAACUUCACCUGCAAGUGUUGUCAGAAACAGGCUAACUGGGGAAACGUGCACGUAUCCCACAUCCUCAGAAAACACUGACAGCCGACGUAUUCCCACCAGUACUACUAGUCCUGCACAGAAGGAUGGCAACCAAUCAGGAGAUGCAACACAGACUAUCACCGAUGAGGGUGCCCAAUCAGAUCCAUUGUUAGAGCAGAGCCCCAGAAAUAGGCCAGAUGCUGACCAAUCAGGGGAACAGUCACAAAUUGAUGGUCAGGGGCAAGCUGCAGAGGGCACCAUCUGCAUCCGUAUAAAGUAUUUGACAGACCAAGAGAGGGUAGUUUAUGGAGAUCCUGCUGAGACUCUUGGUAGAUUCAGGCAGCGGGCAUUCUCUGAAGAGAUCAGCUCUGGACAGACGGUGCGACUCAUCUUCAAUGGCCAGCUCCUUCAAGAUGACGAUUCCACCCUGGCAGCCCUCAACCUGUCCCAGAACUGCGUCAUCCACUGUCUCCUCUCUCAAAGCACGAUGUUGUCCAGUGCCCGGCUGGACGUUCAGGACGGGGACGUAGAUCUGGGACGCUACAUGAUUCCGCUCUUCACCUGCAUCCUGGGUUUCGUCUGGUACCUGCGCUGGCAGUACAGAUACAUGUUCAACGCCACGUCCACUCUGUCCCUGGUGGGAGUCACCACACUGUUUGUUUUAGCUGUUCUUGCCAGUUGGCGAGGUUGAGUAGGCCAUAUUCGAGACAGAGGGUGUUGUUUGUAAAGAACACAAGUGUACAGCAGUUUUAACAUGUAUUUAUUUGAUUGAAAAUGUACACUAACCCAUUCAAAUGGGCAGUAAGUGGCCCCUACUUUUCGACGGGGGAAUGGCCCCUCUCCCCAUUUUACAGACUUGUCCUAUAAUGGGAUGGGGCUUAAUAGAUGGUCUCACAAUCCCCCCCCCACUAAGAAAGUUAUUCCACGGCUGUUGGCCAUGGCCCCCCAAAAAGAGGCAUAUGUUUUUUGGGGGGUGAAGUAGCACGUUUUUCCACUUUCUUCUCAGAUUAGUUUUAAAUUAUUUAAAGAAAUUUUCACCCCCCCCCCAAAAAAAAACUGUGCCCUCAAAAAUUGGGCUCUGAACAGAAGCAUGACAGUGCAACCAAAAGGAGAACGGUUUUGCAUGCUUUUCCAAAAGAUAGGUGCAUCCUUAUAAUGUGCGUUGUUCUUGUGGGCUGUGGGCGGAGCAACAAUGAAUGAAUCUAUUUCCAUGCGACAAACGGGGGUCUGGUAAGAUUUGAAGGUUUGCACUGUGAAGAUAGCAAUAGUGACGUGAUUUGCGGAGACACCACGUGAUCUGUCUCUUCCGUGAGCAGUUGUGGUUCUGAUAUAUGGGUCUAAGUUCACGUUACACCUUCAGAGUUCCACUGGGCAGUGGUCGUUUAAUUUCGGAACAACUCCUUUCAUUUCUGGUGCAGUAAACACCAUUCACAUUGAGACCGCAGCUGUACACAAGUGUGAUCACAGUCACAUGCAGUCUUACAUCAUCUGCACAAUGUGAAGUCGAAAUGGUGUGUCCUUGAGAUUUUUCCCUUUCCUGCAAUUCACAACUCAACCUUGGCAAGGGAAAGUGACAUUCAGAGUGUGCCAUAAGGAUGUUCACAUGGCAUGUGAAACCUACUCUGCUGCUGAACCAACCAUAUCAGAAAUGGUUCCGGUAUUUCUGGGUAAAGUGUUUGGCUGUGUGCUGUGGCAGUGUGCAACACAGAUUUCAUAGUACUAGGAAUAAGGGUUGUAUAAAGAGAGAGUAGCACCAGUUUCAAAUUUUGGAAACAAAAUGGCUGUUCAUCAUUAUGUGCAGUAGAGCAUGCAGCUAUUGUAUAUCAACUGUCCGUGUGCACUGGUGCACAUGCAUACAUGACAUGUACAUGUACCUGCCAGCUUGUUUCCCACGAUGGUGACACUCAUGUCGCAGCUCUCUCUAUACAUGGCUCUGGUAGUGGCCACCCACAUGGGGCACCUACAUGUACAUAUUAUUACCAAGUGACUAGUGCACUGCAGGCUUCUUGGGCUUUCUACUAACGUAAUAAUCCAGUAUCAUUUGUAUUACAAAUACGGUACCAUACAUGGAAGUCAUUUAUUUCCUGAUAUUAUCAGGAAAUAAAUGACUACAAAAGGAUCCAUGCAAUGAAUUUCUCUCUUUAGAUACUUUUGUGCUUCUUUAUACUGUUUUCUUCUUCAAUGUAUGGAAACUGUUUGACAUCCUUUUGGGGUUAAGUUCAUUAAGAGGGGCACCUUUUCAAAACAUAUGGAAUUAUCCAAUUUGAGGGUGCAGUGGCGGUGAUAUUGAUCAGGAAAGGCACUGCUCAGUUUAAACAUUCAGUAUUUCUGCUGAAAUGUGAAUCCAACAUAUGCUCAUAGUAAUUAGCUCAUAGAAAACAAUUUUGAGAAAGGGUUACGUGAUACACUACGUGUACAACGUGUAGCUCUAUAUUGCCAUGGACUUGCACAAGAAAUCCUCAAAGAAAAGGAAAUUUGUAGAACUCAAAAAUUCUCGCAGAUAUUUGUGCACAAAAUCAAUGCAUUAACAUUGGUACAUCUACCCAGGAUGACAUCACAGUUUUCCUCAUGAAUAUGGAAAUUCAGAGCAAAAUAAGAAAAAAGGUAGCAAAAUACCUGUUGAACAAAAGAAUUGGAAAACAAGGCUAAUUGAAACCCACAUGUUUAAAGUGCUGUAGUAUACAUAUUAUAUUGCAUGACCCUUAAACACAUUGACUGCUGCGCAUAAUUCCAAAGGGGCGUUCUCAUUUGCCAAGCGUUGGCCGCAUGCGCUCAUAGUUAAUAAAUAGGUACACCAUUCUUUUUGAACACGAGCACGUCCUCGACGCUGCCAGCAGUGUAUUUGUUGUUACUCGGCGAUGCCAGUGUAUUCAAUUUACAUUACAAUGCUUUUCACUUCCUACAAAUAUAUUUGUAGUGGCAGGAUCCGGUACACCUGUUGCUACGAGUAUACUCUCAAUGUUAAAUCACAAAGCAAUAGUACAGUUAGAGCUUUGGAGGGACUAAUAAGCUGGUUGGCUUUUGGUACAGUAGAGCAUGGACUACAGGGUUUAAGUCAGUAAGGUUUGCAGUCUGCAAUCAUCAAUGUUUCAUUUUGUUUGUCAAUCCCAUGUUAGUUUAUCUGAUCACUUCACAGCAUAUCAUUUCAGUACUUGUAACUCUCAUUUUAAAAUUUCUCUUGUAUCCUAGGCUUUGUUUCUGUGGCUGAGGCCAGGUUUGGAUUGAUUUUUUAAACCUGUCUUGGUUAAGUUUUAACCUCUUGAAGUCUUCUUUUUUAAAAAAAAAAUUUUAAUCAAGAUGAUCUAUUAGUUUUUAGAAAAACCACACUGUUCUAUGUUUGAGAGUGUACAUGUAUUCAGUGAUAAAAAUGUCUUGAAUUAAUGCCAUUCUAUUUCUUUUUGGUGGCGGAAUGUUGAUAAUUUGACAUGAAGAUGUGGCCGUUGUACCUGCAUUUAUAUUAUCUGAAGGGAAUUCAGUUGUUUCUACAUGAUAAAAAAAAUUUAAUUCCAAUAUUUCUUAGCAUGUGUAUUUGUGAAAACAAUACCUCCAUUAGCAUGUUUUGGCAAUAGAUUUUAUCAGCACCAUUUAAUCAUUUCAGUACCAUUAGUUGUAAUCACGAUUUAUUUUUAGCCUCACACCACACACCGACUGCAAUGAAAGGAUGCCAACAGGAAACAGGAAAAGUAUGGUAAAUUGAGAUUAUGAAAAUUGAGUUCAUAUUUAAUAGGCACAAUGUGCUACAUAACAUACUACACAGUCAAGCAAAAUUAUGCAACUUAUGCUACUGUUGUCCAUACUAACUGCACUGUUGAUUAAUUACAUGCAAGACGUACCACGAUUAUCUGA